AUGGCAGAGAAGAGAGGUAGCAUUGGCUUCUCCGCAACCUACCGACCACAGGUGCCGCUGGACAUAUUCUCGUGCCCGCUUUGGCCAACAUCGAAGCAAGAUGAGCUUCCCAUGACUGAUAGAGUGAACCACAAUUACAACGGCCAAGAAAUUUCAUCGGCGGCUCUCAAUACAAUUCUCAAGCGCCAAAAAUUGGCCUUGGCUUCCGAAGGAGGCAAAGAGGCCGAUGUAAAUUCAGGUCGUCUCUCGGGCAUGGUUUUCAUCUCCAAACAACAAGAAGGCCUCGAAUUGCUUCACAUAGCUCUCUGCUUCAAUGGCAUUUACAACCCAUACCCACCCAAACCUAAAGUCAAAGUCUUCUGUUUGGCUAAUGUUUUCGGCAAAGUCAAUUUCAGUGGUGUUCGCAUGGAAGACAGUGGUUGCAUUGCCGGUGAUAAUCUCGUCUAUGUCACCACCAAGGACCUCGCCCCUGAUCGUUGUCAGCCCUGGACUGCCGUCUAUAAAACCAAUCUCAAGACCGGAAAAACUGACCGCCUCACUCCAUUAGGGCAAGCUAAUUUAAGCCCCUCGGUUGCACCGUCUGGUACGAAGAUAGCGGUGGCGUCCUUCGAGGGAAAGCAUGGUGGUUGGAAUGGCGAGAUCAAAGAUCUGCAGACUAACAUUUUUGUUACGAACGUAGAGGAGCCCUUCAACUGCAAGUUGGUUGUAAGGAAUGGUGGGUGGCCGACAUGGGAAAGCGACAACGUCAUAUUUUUCCACCACAAGAAUCGGGAAUUUUGGGGUGUGUUCCAUACCGACCUCAACAGCGGUACAGAAUCUCGGGUGACCCCGGACGAAAUUCAGGCAAUAACUCCGGCAGCCAUCGACGCCACCAGAGUAGCAGUGGCAACUAUUCGUCAGAAAUCAAAGCUCUCGGACGUCGUCCGUGUAAAAACACAGUUUCGACACAUUGAGAUUUUUGAUUCAACUGGACAGCAACAAAACAUACGAAUCACUCAAAAUACCAUGCCAAGGGUUGACCAUUUCAACCCCUUUGUGAUAGAUGGCGGGAAGCGCAUCCGUUACCAUCGUUGCAAGAGCAACCUUCUAAAGGUACAUACCGAUUAA